AUGAACUUCAUGAAAGCGCUCGGCCACCUGGACACUCUGGGGACCAUGACCUUGGACUUUAUGGAGCUGGAGACGGACAUUGACGUGGAGGGACAGACAGAUAAUGGAGGUCAUGGAGAUGUGAGGAACACAUGUGUGUCACUGCUCAGUAACACGAAGGCAGACUUGGAGCAGAGCGCGUCCUCCCUCGCUCCUCGGCUGCGGGAGGAUGGAGGCUUCUCUGUGCGGGGGGGGUCCUCGGCGAAGCCCCCCUACUCGUACAUCGCUCUCAUCACCAUGGCCAUCCUGCAGAGCCCGGAGAAGAGGCUGACCCUCAGUGACAUAUGCGAUUUUAUCAGCAUGCGCUUCGCGUAUUAUCGGGAGAAAUUCCCCGCGUGGCAGAACUCCAUCCGGCACAACCUGUCUCUGAACGACUGCUUCGUGAAGAUGCCCCGGGAGCCUGGGAAUCCCGGGAAGGGAAACUACUGGACCCUGGAUCCCAUGUCCGCAGAUAUGUUUGAGAAUGGGAGUUUUCUUCGGCGGAGGAAACGCUUCAAGAGGCGACGCUUCCUUCUGGGAACGGUGAAGGAGUCCGAGGCGCAAGAGCGCAUCAGUCGCAUGUCGGUGUUUCCUCCGCUCGGAGGGCGCAGGAUGGUUUCCUGUCUCCAGGGUCUUGACCUGGAAACAGCAGGGGGUUUAAGACCCCUCACUAGUCCCAGCCUCCCACCUGUGAACCGGAUUAUACCUAAGCUCCCGUCGCUUCUCUCCAAGAGUUUCCCCUCGUCUCGAACCUUUGAACAUCUCCACCCGGGACGCUGCGCACUCGUCGCACCUCUGCCUCCAAACUUCAUGCCUCCUGUGUCGCUGCGCGGAAUCCUACCCAACUCCCCUGUUACUCAGUUAUCCUCUGUUCCUGUUGGCAUCUUUAAACAUUUCCUCUGAUUUAAUUUGAUUUGAUGAUCUAAUGAUGCCCCUGAAUGU